UGGCACGUUGCUAUCUACUUUAAAGCUCUCUCUCUCUCUCUCUCUCUCUCUCUCUCUCUCAAACCUUGUACUUGUCUGGUGAGCCAAGCUGAAAGCUCAAAAUACAAUCUUUCUGCAAGAAAGUAUGUUAAGCAAAAAUGUCUCCAUUUCAAGAGCUUUGCUUGCUCAAAGCUUCUACAGGUUACUAUCAACCCAGACUGGAAGCAAGCUAGAAGGCAAGGUAGCAUUGAUAACUGGAGGAGCAAGUGGCAUAGGAAAGGCAACCGCAGCAAAAUUUAUCAACAAUGGUGCUAAAGUUGUUAUUGCUGAUAUCCAACAUCAACUUGGCCAACACACUGCAAAAGAGCUUGGAACCAAUGCUACUUUUGUUGCCUGCGAUGUCACUAAAGAGUCUGACAUAUCCAACGCUGUUGAUUUUACCAUCUCUAAGUACAACCAACUUGAUAUCAUGUACAACAAUGCAGGGGUGCCCUGCAAAACUCCCCCAAGCAUUGUGGACCUUGAUUUGGCAGUUUUUGAUAAAAUCAUGGACAUCAACGUGCGGGGAGUCAUGGCUGGGAUCAAACAUGCAUCACGUGUGAUGAUCCCACGACAAACUGGAUCAAUUCUCUGCACAGCUAGUGUUACAGGACUAAUGGGUGGGUUAGCACAGCACACAUAUUCUGUGUCCAAAUCUGCUGUUAUAGGCAUUGUUAAGUCUGUUGCUGCAGAGCUAUGCAAGUAUGGAAUCCGGGUGAAUUGUAUAUCACCAUUUGCCAUUCCAACUAAGUUUGUAAUGGAUGAAAUGAGUCAAGUUUUUCCUGGUGUAGAUGAUCGACGGCUUGUGGAAAUGGUUACUAAUGUUGGUGUUUUGGAGGGAACUAGUUGUGAACCCAAUGAUGUAGCUAAUGCUGCGCUCUAUCUUGUUUCUGAUGAUGCCAAGUAUGUUAGUGGGCAUAAUUUGGUAUUAGAUGGAGGCUUUACAUCUUUUAAGCAUUUGGGGUUUCCUGCACCAGAUGAAGUGCAGUAAAAAUUUGAACAGAGAAACUAGAAACAGAAAUUUGCAAGUAUAAGGAGCACAAAUGAAUGUAUUCACAUCCAUUCCUUUUAAUUGACUCUAGUUUACA